GACGUCUCUUCAGCUGAUAAACGAGGCAGAAAACAGAGAGCCGAGUGUCGGCUCGGGCCCAUGUGGUGGUCUGCGAUCAGGACGGGGACAGAGCCGGUCAGUUUGGGGUCACAGGCGGGUUCACGGGACGGUCACCGGCUCAGGGGGGUCCGAGGAAAGACCAGACCUGUUUCCAGUGGUGGAGGUGGAGGAAAACACCUGGAAACCAGAAAACCUGGACACAGUGGAGACCCACAGCUCCAGCUCCUGUUCUGGUUCGGACGACCCGUUCGCCAGCCCGCCCUCCCCUCCCCCGCCCCCGCGCACCUACAAGCCCUGCUUUGUGUGUCAGGACAAAUCCUCGGGCUACCACUAUGGAGUCAGCGCCUGCGAAGGCUGCAAGGGGUUCUUCCGCCGCAGCGUGCAGAAAAACAUGGCGUACACGUGUCACCGCGACAGGAACUGCAUCAUCAACAAGAUCACCAGGAACCGCUGUCAGUACUGCCGCCUGCAGAAGUGCUUCGCCGUGGGAAUGUCCAAAGAGUCUGUGAGGAACGACAGGAACAGGCGAAAAGGCAAGAAGGAGGCGGUGAAGAUGACCAUCAUGGAGACGUACGAGUUGACGGCGGAGCUCGGUCUGAUCGUGGAGAAGAUCUGCAGAGCUCACAGAGAAACCUUCCCCUCCCUCUGCCAGCUGGGAAAAUACACCACAAACUCCAGUUCAGACCACAGGAUCCAGCUGGACCUGGGCCUGUGGGACAAGUUCAGCGAGCUCGCCACCAAGUGCAUCAUCAAGGUGGUGGAGUUCGCCAAGCGGGUGCCGGGCUUCACCGGCCUGACCAUCGCAGACCAGAUCACCCUGCUCAAAGCCGCCUGCCUCGACAUCCUGAUCUUGAGGAUUUGCACUCGCUACACUCCAGACCAGGACACCAUGACCUUCUCAGACGGCCUGACGCUGACCCGCACUCAGAUCCACAACGCGGGCUUCGGACCCCUGACGGACCAGGUCUUCAUGUUCGCCGGGCAGCUGCUGCCUUUGGAGAUGGACGAGACGGAGAGCGGGCUCCUCAGCGCCAUCUGCCUCGUCUCCGGAGACCGGCAGGACCUGGAGGAGCCGUCGAAGGUGGAGGUGCUGCAGGAGCCGCUGCUGGAGGCGCUGAAGAUCUACUCGCGUAAACGGCGACCCAGCAUGCCCCUGAUGUUCCCCAAGGCCCUGAUGAAGAUCACCGACCUGCGCACCAUCAGCGCUAAAGGGGCGGAGCGAGUGGUGACGCUGAAGAUGGAGAUCCCUGGCUCCAUGCCGCCUCUGAUCGAGGAGAUGCUGGAGGACCUGCAGGACCUGGAGACCAGUCAGGAAACACACGGCGUCUCCUCUCAGCGCACAAACCGCUCCGGUUUCCCACUCUGAACCUGCAAAAUCCCACAGAGAGAGAGAGAUUACUAACAGCAUGAAGUGCAGAUCCAGAGCGUCACUAGUCUCUCACCUCCGUUAAAGUCCAGGAAUCUUUCAGAGCUGUAGAUCAGAAAACCAGAUUCAGCCGCGGCGUCGACGUCUCUGCUGGAGUAAAAUCUAGUUUCAUGAGGUCAAAGCUGCUCGGAGGGAGAAAAACUAGAAUCAUGCAGUAUUAUUUUAAACUCUGAGAGCCGCUCUCAGCCUUCUGUUUACCAUAUCUGCUUCUUAACAGUAUUUAUAAUCGCAUGAGUUAUUAAUGAAAUAACACCUGCAGCAUUUAGAUUAGAGAGGUGACGCCUUGAAGGACGAGUCAAACGGGAAAAGGGAAACGAAAAUGUUUAUAAAUUUGUUGAAAAUUGGCCAAAUUAAAGUAGGUGAAGAAAAAAAAAAAAACAGAAAAUUAACGUUAGAAAAAGAUUUUGUAUUUCUCAGCUCUUUGGGCGUCAGAUUGUUUUUUUUGUUUUGUUUUGUUUUUGUUUUUUUGUUUCUGCUGGAUGCCUGACAUAAUUAAACACUGUCAGUAGCUAAAUAUAUUUUACGACUUAUUAUCUUCUUCUUUGACAAAUAAGAAAAUUUAACUUCAGAUUAUAAUGAAGCUUUUAUUAUCAUGUUUUUAGAAAAGUUUUAAUGCAAAAAUACUUUUUUUUAAACAAGGAUUGUGUAAACAUUUAUCAGAUGAUUGUUGCACUGUGGCACUGUUUUUGUCUCGUAGCUCCGCCCUGACCUUACAUUAUUUUUAUUUUUUUAACUAAACAACUUCAGUUCCAACAAAACAAUAUGUUUUUUUUUUAUGUAAAUUUAAAAAUCGAUGUGAUGGUGCUCAAAUCUAUUCAAACGUCAGAAGCCUGCCUCUCUGAUGGUAUAGGGGUGCAUUAGGCAGCUGACACUUCUGGAAACAUUGGAUGUUUUCUCGGUUCUUUAAUUUACAUUUUUACUCAACAUCCCAACAUUUUUGGAAUUGAGGUUUUAAUAUUUUACCUGCUAAACACAUUUUUUCUUUUUCUUUAUUAUUUUUGACCGUGUUGGCGUGGCAGAAAAGCAGUGUCAAAAUAAAAGCGCUGGAUUAUGGAGAUUGAAGUGAAAGAAUUGAUUAAAGAUAAAUGGGAGACAAUAACAGGAAUGAUGUAUUUUAAAUCAGAUACCUGAAUAAAUGUAAUUAAGCUGAGGGUGGACAUAGUUAGAGAUUAAAUUUCAUGACAUCUUUGAAUAUUGACGUAUUUUUCAUGAUAAUAAGCUCUAAUGAGGUCAUUAUUAUUUGUUUUGACCUAAAAAAGAAGUACAAAAUGUGUUUCUCAAAGUGCUUGUUCUUCUAAUAAACCCCACUUAAUCACUUAGUUUGUUCCAGUGCCCCAUUUUUACUGUGAUUUUUAAGAGUUCUUCCAAAUUAAAAUGAAUGUGAUGUCAUUAAAAUGCAUUUCUAAACAUGUCCUCUCUCAGCUUCCAUAGAAAACCCUUUUUCUGCUGAUAAAUUUCAUAAAAAUCACAUUUUUAAUCAUCAGAAAAUUUAAAAAUAACCAACAUUUUUAAACAUUUGUGUGUCCUGACUGGAACUGAAUGAUGAAACACCAUAUCCAUUUCAUUAUUUGACAAAACGAUAAAAGCUCCUUUAUUUUAAACAUCUUGUGAUCUUUUUUUCCUUCAGGCAGCAAGAGAAAUCUAGAUUUUGAGUAAAUGACAUAAGAAUUAAUUUACCAGAAUUAUUUCAUGGGUUGAACUAAAUAAAAAGCAGAAAACAAUGAGAUAAAUAAUAAGUUAUGAUUUUGUCCUCUUGUCUUCCAUACACAUUUGAAGGAGAUUAAACUGAAGCGGCAGAAAAAUCUGAUUUGUAAAAAAUAGUAAUACAAAGAAAAACGUGCCUCUUUAAAUGUGCCAACGUUUUCCAGUACUGUUAGUUUUUUGUUAUCUUCAUGCCACAGACUAUGUACAGACGAUCAUGUUUCAUUUGUGAUAUCAUUAAACAUUUUAUGGAUUUUUUGUCUAUUAAAGUUUUGUUUAUUGAGUUUCA